AUGGUAACCGCGGCCAUUGGACUAGAGUUUGUAAAACAGUUUCUUAACCUGAAUAAUCCGCCGGAAUUUGUGUUUGCAUGUUGUAGGGACCCUGCCACAGCGACAGAUUUGAAGGAGAUUGUAAAGUCAAACUCAUCUGUAAUUAUAGUUGAACUAGAUGUCACUAAACAGGAGUCUGUAGAGAAAGCCAAAUCUCAUGUUGCGUCAAUAGUUGGAACAAAAGGUUUGAAUCUUCUUAUCAACAACAGUGGUCUAAUAAAUUCUCAACGUAUUGGAGAUGUGACCAGGGAAGAUAUGCUCAAGUGUUAUGAAGUUAAUGCCAUUGGUCCUUUAAUGGUGGCUCAGGCGUUUUUACCACUGUUACGACAAGCUGCUGGUCAACAGUCGUCAGAACCAAUGUCAUGUAGUAAAGCUGCUAUCAUCAAUAUAUCCUCUGGCGUGGCUUCAAUCACUGAAAAUUCAUCAGGUGGAAUGUAUCCUUCCAGAGCGUCAAAGGCCGCCUUAAAUAUGAUCACGUCCAACCUUAGCCUGGAUUUAAAAACCGAUGGUAUCUUAUGUACAGCGAUUAAUCCCGGCUGGGUGAAGACCGAAAUGGGAGGACCGAAUGCUCUAAUUACUACAGAAGAAUCUGUUGAAGGGAUAAUGUCCGUCUUAGAAAAACUUAAAGGUGAAGAGGACUCUGGAAGAUUUUACCAUGGUGUCAAAGGACAAACUAUUCCUUGGUAAUACGGGACCUUACAAAGCAUUGAAUAUGAGGAUAUAUAAGUGUAAACAAUUACAUGUAUAUUUUCAGUUUCUGUACAAAUUGAAUUGUUUAUGGAACCUACGUAUGGUACUGAAAAAGUAUAUAUGUCGAUAGCAUUAUGUAUUUACAUACAUGUUCCUUCAUAUGGAAGAGAAUCGCUGCAAAAAUUACUUCCUGCUUUCUUACAUUGUAAAUUGUAGAUUCCAUGUGCCUGCAAGUAAAUUCGUUCAUUGAACCUUUACAAUGGUUAUGCCAUGCUGCAUUCUUAUAUUGUAAAUUGUAGGUUUUUAUUUCAUUUCUUUCUAGUCACUAUAUCACUUUUAUUAUAAUGAUUUGCCCUCGCUGCUUAUGAAUUCAUAAUACUUGAUGGGAAACUUCUCAUUUCACAGCUGUAAACAUUCAUGCUAUGCUCAUUCGAAACACUAAAUUUAAUAUUGAAUAUGGCCAUUAUGAUGAGUUUUAGUUUUUAUUAUUCAAUGUCUAUUAAUUAGGCUGUGUCUGUUGUUCUUGUAUCAACGAUGACAAAACAUGUAUUAGUCAAUGAUUAAAGAAAUGUACUGCGGAGUCAUAAAUGCUAAAUUCAAAAUAACAUAUGCAAAACGUACGUCCAAAUGACAGUUAUCGCAUGGAUUUGAACAUUUUCUUUGUUCUUACUAACCCA